AUGAUUAUCCAUGGAUAUAAUAGAAGAGAUACUCAACUUGCCUUCUGCAGGGUUGGGGAUGAAACUUGGACGGCAUUGAAUGGACCGCGCUCCUCUUAUCAAGAUAUUAUGUACUUGAGCAAGCAUGGAAAGUUUUAUGCUUUGUGCGAGAGUGAUCACCUUGAAGCCUGGGAUCUCAGUUGCCCAUCUUCUCCCAAGAUGACUCUCGUAAAAUCUGAGUAUCCUUCGCUUCGUUUUUUUGCUGGCUUGAACAGCGGUGAUGAGUUAGAGAGAGCACAGCUAUGUCGGAAGAAGUAUCUUGUAGAUUCUUCGGGUGAAUUGCUGCUAGUCUUGAGGUUGACAAAGUGCUUUGAUGUUUUCAAGUUGGACUUUGAUGAGAACAAGUGGAUGAAAGUGACGAGCUUAGGGGGUCGCUCAUUGUUCUUGGGUACUAAUGAAUGUAUUUCCGUAUGUGCUGGGGAUUACAUUAAUCCGGGGUUAAGACUAAGAGAAGAUUCUAUCUACUUCACUUGUGUAGAUGCUGAAGUUGAGCCCAACACUACUUCUGGAGCUUAUCAUUUGGGUGUUUUCAGCAUGAAGAAUCGAGAAAUUGAUGUCCUGUAUCAGGACGAGUACAGGAAGAUGGACCCCCAUCCGGUGUGGAUUUUCCCUGGCCUUUGA